AUUACCAUUAAACACGGAGAUGAGAAAAUAAAGAGGGGGAAUGGAGAAGAAGGAGAGAAGCACAGGUAGCAGCAGAAUGCAUUGUCUAGUCUUGCCAUUUCCAGCAGCGGGUCACAUGAAUCCCAUGCUUCAAUUCUCCAAGCUUUUGCAACACCAAGGGGUCAGAAUAACACUCGUCACCCCGCAUUCCUUCUCCAAGAACUUCCCCACCCUCCCAAAUUGGCUCACCCUCCAAACCAUUUCAGAUGGGUUUGACAGUGGUGGCCUUGAAGAAGCAGGGACCUACCCGGCCUACAUCGACCGCUUCGAGCAAGUUGGCCCAGACAAUCUUGUUCGCCUCAUUCAGAAAUUGGUGGGUAGAUCUGACCCAGUUGAUUGUGUUAUUUAUGAUUCCUCACUACCUUGGGCUCUAGAGAGUGCAAAGAGACUUGGGCUUUUUGCUGCUGUUUAUAUCACUCAGAGUAUGGCUGUCAAUACUCUCUUCUACAACGUUCAUUUGGGUCAGCUUCGAGUUCCUCUCACAGAAGAAGAGAUUAGUCUUCCAGCGUUGCCUAAACUUAAACUUGAUGACAUGCCUAGCGUUUUCUUCUCACUUCCAUAUUUUCUUUAUCGUUUGGUGGAUCAGUUUUCCAACAUUCAUAAAGCUGAUUGGAUUUUCUGCAAUACCUUCUAUGAGCUCGAAAAUCAGGUGGUUGAUUGGAUGACAAAGAAUUGGCCGCAAUUCAGGACCAUAGGACCGAAUGUACCAUCUAAGGAUGACCAAGAUUAUGGUGCUGUACAAUUUGCGAGUGAUGAUGACAAGUGCAUGGAAUGGUUGGAUGAUAAACCAAAAGGAUCUGUUGUGUAUGUAUCAUUUGGCACUACAGUCCCUCUUGAUGAGGAGCAAAUGAAAGAACUGGCUUGGGCUUUGAGAAUUUGUGAUAAUCACUUCUUCUGGGUAGUGAGAGCUUCUGAAGAAACUAAGCUCCCAAAAGACUUUGCCAAAAAGUCAGAAAAGGGCUUGGUUGUGAAAUGGUGUUCUCAACCAAAGGUUUUAGCUCAUGAGGCUAUAGGGUGCUUUGUAACACAUUGUGGUUGGAACUCCACUUUAGAAGCUUUGUGCUUAGGAAUUCCAACUAUUGCAGUGCCACUGAUGGCAGAUCAGAUAACAAAUGCUAAGUUUAUUGCAGAUGUUUGGAAAGUGGGACUUAAAGCUCCAUUUGAUGAGAAAAAGAUUGCGAGACAAGGAGCCUUGAAGCAUUGUAUAAGCAAAGUAAUGGAUUGUGAAGAAGGCAAGGAGAUCAAGAAUAAUCUCAUCCAAUUUAAAACUUUGGCAGCAAAAGCUAUGGAUGAGGGUGGAAGUACUCAAAAGAACAUUGGAGAAUUUGUGAACAGCUUGUUACAAUUAUGAGUCACAGGUGUCCUUCAUCACAUGCCCAUGCCUGAAAUCACAGACAAUCCUACUUUAUAUACUUCUUAGUGAAAAGAACAGAGGAGAAGUCAUGUUGGGCAUCACUCAAUAGAAUAAUUCCCCUCUUUAGUUUAGUGUGCUCAAGCUAGCAAAAUAUAAUUUAAAAUAUCAGUUAGUGUUGCAAAUGAGUUGUGGCUAUGUUCUUGCAUGCACCUUAUAUACUUGUUAGUGAAAAGAUAAUUAAUAACUACUUACAUCUUUUU